AUGUCUCAAGAUCGAGAGAAUGUAAUUUCCGAUGUAUCCCGUGAUUCUUCCGAAAUCAAUGGACAAUCUAGUACUACUACACAGCAUCAACAAUCUUUGCAACUCAUAAAACUGAAUUUUUUUCAUAAUCCACUAAAUGAUAACAAUAUUUAUCACAUUACAUGUGAUAGGAUUCAAGCAAAUUCAUCGGACGCUCGUGAUUAUGAUCACGCAUUCUUUUACUCGUGUUUAACUGAUUCGACAGCAAGUUUUCAUAUUAAAUGCAGAUUAUUAACAUAUUCUCAGAUUGUUGAUUUAUUGAAUAAAGAAACAUGUGAAGUUGAAAUUUUAAAUAAUUCAUCACGUAAUGAGUCAUCAUUAUUAUCUUUACAUCAAAAAUUAAAUCUUGAAACAAGUUUAAAUCAAAAACUUGAUUUAUACUUUUUACAAUGUCAUCUUCUUGAAAAUUAUGGUUUUUGUUCAAUAGUUGUUGAUAAUCAAAAUAAUAAUAAUUCGUCAACUUAA